AUGUCUGAGUCAUCUGAUGAUAGGUUGGCUAGACUUGAAGCAAGGAGGAAAAGGAGAGAACAGAGAAGACUUAGUCUUGACACAGAUGAAGAAAGUAAGCAUGUUAAUGGAACAGAUGAGGGUGAUGUUGAUGUUGGUGGACGCUCUCGUUCUUCCACCACAGAUAGUGAUAUUGAAGCUUCUAGGGCUUUGACACGUGAGGAAAAAAGACAGGAAAGGCGUGACAAAAAAAGGCAGCGGGAAAUGGCAGAGAAAGCUAAAGAACAAGGAGCUAAAUCUGCAGCGGUGGUAACAGACUUCAGCAAAAGAGAAAUUCGUGAACGGAGACCGAGUGAUCCAGAGAUUUUGUCGGGAGACAGUGAGAGUGUGGAUGAUGCCGAACGAGAAAAUGAUGAGAAAAUUGCAAAGCCAGGAAAGAAAAAAACUGGUUAUGGUGCAUAUGCCUCUGCUCUGCGCAGAGAUUCCCAAGGUGGUGAUGUGGACAAGAGAAAGGAACGAUAUGCAGCUGCAGUUGAGGGGUACCAUAUUGAUGAUGAUGAUGAUGAUAUUGAUUUGGAACCUUCAGUCGAUCCUCAUGCCCAACAACCAGAGAUUAUGGCCACUUCUCCAGUCAAGAAGAUUAAGGAAGAUUACCUGACCUCAGCAACUGGAAAAAGCAAAGUUGUGCCACAUUCUGAAGAGCAGCCAACACCCCACCACCUUGCCAGGCAAUGGCCUCCUCUCCCUACAGCCAAGGAUGAUGAUGCAGAAGAGCAAGAGCCACGAAAGGGUGUGGUGAAGACAUUCGAGGAAGUUGAAGCCCCAGAAGAAGACAGAGGUGUUGAUGAAGGUCACGUUGAGUCUGUCCGAUCAUUAAAAGCCCAAUGGCAGCAUAAAGAACCAGCAAAGCAACCAGGAGUCAACAAACCAUAUGUACCCAUUAAGAAAGACGGUGAGUGGAUCACGCAUUUUAGACCUGUUAUAGAUGAAGGAGAAACGCCCAAAGAGCCACAGUGGUUACAAAUGGUGCGGCAACGGAGAUGGAGGUCAACAGUGGCUGCCCGCUUUCCUCAAGAUGAACAAGAGAAAGAAGUGUUUGAAAAGCGUUCCACAACACCCAGAAAAUUCAAGAAGCCUAAUCAAUAUUCUCUCAUGCGAUCCAAGUCUGACCUUGAAGAUGAAUUUGAAAUAGCCAUGAGAAGAAGGCGUCGAAAGACAGACGAUGAUGAGUCCAUUGAUGGCAGCAAGCGUUCAUGGACUUCCAUGAGUGACUUUGAUCAGGAAUCUGUGGGUGUUCUGAACAAGGUUCCCAUUCAGGGUCCCUUGAAAGAGUACAAGAAAAAUCUUGAGUUGGAACGGGCUCGUUCAACCAUGCUUAAGUGGACUUUUUCAACAGAUAUGGUUGAUGAUCCUGUAAGAUUUGAUCUUCCCAAGCCCAUUGACCUGACUACCCAGGAGGAUUAUGAAAAGGAACAGGAGUGGAGAUAUAUGCAGUCUCGACGGCGAUUUAUUGGAAGCCAGUCAACAACAGAUGGCAUGGGAAGUCCAUCCCUGCGCUCUUCUACAUCAUCUUUGAGUGAGGCUGAAUAUCCAAAAUCACCAGUCGCAAGAACUCCCGGGCAGCCAGAGCAAAAAAUGUCUACCAGUUCAGAUCAAUCCCCUCCAAGCCCGCAGGAUCAUCAACACAUGUCAGAUGAUUCUGGUGGUGCCGGCAAUGAUAGUGAGCUUGCCUUCUGUAAAGGAGUGUCUGACAUCAAAAAAUCUUUACUGGGUUCAACUGAAGAGGCACCGUUAAAACCUACAAUUGCUGAGCAAAACCUUGAGUAUGUCCCUAGGUUAGCAGAUAUCAAAAAGAAAAUUCAGGAAAGAGAGGAAGAGGCACUGCCAAGAGGAAUACCUGUGGAUGGAGAAAUUCAGAUGAUUCCAAAAAUGAAGGACAUCAAGAGCAAGUUUUUGACCCCUAAAGAAGAGCGUGCUCCCAAACGGCCAGAGUUUAAUGAAGAUGAGCACUUCGAAAGACUAGAUAGUCUUCGAAGUAAAUUUUUAAGCCAAGGGAAGGAAGAAGAGCAGAAGGCCCCUGCCAAACCCAAGCUCAAGAAAAAGCUGAGUACAAGUGAUGACAUGAAGGCAAUUAUGGCAAGUCGACGGCAAAUGUCAGAUGAAUAUGCAAGUGAGGGUCAACAGAGCACCUCUGAUGCAGUGACCACACAGGAGAUUAAGAGUCUGGCAUCCGAUAUUGCAAAGACAUUUGGCUCGGAGAAUGGUGAUUCUCUGGAGAAGCCAGCCAAGAAAAGUAUGAAGCAGAAAAUGGGGGAGGACAUUAAACCAGUGGAAAAUGGGUCUGUUUCUGAAGAAAGUGAUUCAAGACCAGUUGGUCCAUGUGGAAAGCCUGAAGGCUGUGGAACUGAUGAUGAACUUGAUAAACGAAUGAGCAAGGAGCUAGAUAUUUUACCCACUCUUGGAGAUGAAAUGAAUGAGGAGCCAGGGCCCAUUCUACCUCUCAAAAGAAAUGAUGUUUUGGAGAGUUCCCCUCAGAGAGGUUCCUUUACGGAUGAAGAGAAAGAAGAUGAAGGCAAGACUUCUUGGAAGAAUCAGGAGUCCACAGAUACAGUGGAGACAUCAGCCAAGGAAAGUGAAACUGAGAGUGACGUUGAAAUGACUACAAAGCAAGUUGAAGAUGAUGGUGAUGAUGAUGAUGAUGAUUGUGAUGAUGGAAAAAGGGAUGCUGAUGGUGCUGGCGAUGAUGAAAAGGGAGAAGAUUAUGAUGAUGGCAACUUCUUGAGUUCAGAAAGUGAUGAUAUCAAAGAUGAGGCAGAUGGUUCAAAAGACCUGGAAGAAAGUGAUGAGGAGGUGGAUGGAAAUGUUAAGUCACGGAUGCCGGCUGAGAGACCCAAGUCAUCAAUCUUGGAGGAUGUUAAAAAGAAGAAGCUUCUCCAAGAAGAUGAGAGGCCCCGGUCAUUUGCAUUUGGUGAUAAUGAAGGAGAUGAUCCUCACGUCACAUCCAAGUAUGUACCAGAAAUGCUUCUUUGAAAUCAAGAGCAUUAGACUAAGAAAGGUAAUACAGUCGAACCUCCUGUUAAUAAUCACCCAAAAUGCAAAGAUUUAGUGGUUGCUUACGGGAGGUGGUCGUGUAUGAGAAUCAACAAACGGGGGCUCUUCCUAGAAGAGGUCCCAACCCAUCUACUUUAUGGGAGAUAAUUUAUUGCAUGUGCACAAUUUCUAAGUUACAUACUCAUAUAGUUCCCUAUUGUCACCGAGAGAGGUGGUCAUUUAAAGGAGGUUCUGAUUGUAGGGAGUUUACUGGGAAAAUUUUGGUGUUUAUGGGAGGUAUUUGCUUAAGAGAGGUGGUCGUACAGGACCGUUCGACUGUAGUAAGAUAGAGAUUCGAAAUAUUCUUUCCUUGCUUGCCACAAACCCACCCCCUCCCCCCUACCACACCAGCAAAAAAUGCAACUCAGAAUGAAACACCAUGGGCUGCUGGGCUCUUCUUGAACAGAGCCGUGUUCAUUCAUGUGUUUUUUUUAUCCCUCAGCCUGUGGCUCCAAACUAGUGAAUUAAUUGUGUUGAUUCUGUGGAUGAAAUUCUUUGAUUUAGGAAUGGUUUGAGAAAUCUUUCUAUGUGCUCUCAAGGGAGGACCUGUAUGUUUGGGGAGUGCUGAACUGGAUGUUGUUAUUAUUGACAGUAAGGCUGGGGACAGGGGUUGCAAGAGUGAGAUUUUAUGCAAGGAAUUAGUUGAGAUGUUGGGCGGGAAUCGAGAUUUCAUGCAAGGAAUUGUAGUUGAAAUGUCGUGCGGGAAUAUUUUAAGUUGGUCCACUUGAAGAUUUUCACCAGGGACUUACCUGUACAGAGUCAGUAAUCAUAUAUUACCGAACAAAAAAGAACUAGGUGAGAAGAGAAGAAAAGGGGUUGUAACUAAUGAUUAAAAGUACUGUUACAUAUCUCUUACCAUUUGAUUUUGUCCAGCUUGAAGGCAUUUUCAGACCACAGAAGGAAAAUUAAGCCAGCAAGACGACAUCAGGCCAGCAGUAAUCCUGUGCGUCAACGGCAGAACCGGGAAGAUUUGAGAACUGAAACUGAUGUGAGUUAGUCAUUAAUUUAAUUAUAAUUUGUGCACUCUACAGUAGCUUAUAGAUUAAGUGACAGUACUAGGUAAAGAAAUAAAUUAUUUGUUCAUUCGUAUAGUCUGGGAACAUCUUGAUACACUGUUAUCCCCCACAGAAGAGAUUGGAAUUAAUCCUCAAGGGGAAGAGGAAGUCUUAAGAUCAAGGCAUUAAAAAAUGUAUUUGUAUGAAACUAAGUUAGAAGUUGUUCCAAAGGGAUGAGUGUUCUAGAAUGUUUCACUUCUUUGGGGAAGGCAGGGAUAUUUUCCAGGACUGCACAUUGAUAUUUUUGUCAACAGAAACUACUGAGCAUACAAUUAUCAAAGAACAAGCUGUUAAAUCGUUACUUACAGUAGUAGGCUGCUGACUGGUAAAAGUUCUGUACCAUGACUUUUGACUGUUAGGUUACAAGGGGAGCAGGGGUGGUGCAGUGGUGAGAGCAAUCGCCUUCCACCAAUGUGGCCUUGGUUCAAAUUCCAGCAUCAAUUUGGCUAUAUUCUGUAAUUACACAAUGAAAUUAUCUCUUAGCCAGAUAACCCCUGAUAGUUCAUUGGGAAAAAUGCAAUCAUUAUUGAGUGUUAAAUAGACCUCUUUAGCAUGAAUGUUUUUUUGUUGGGCAUUUGAUAAUAUACCAGCAAACUGUUUCUUUCAAAUUUUGUCUCAUCAGAAAAUAAUAAAAAUAAAUAUAUAAAUAAAUAAAUGCCAAAGGGCAAGUUUCCUUGGGAUCAUCAUUGGAAAAACAAAACAUCAAGUUUAAGAGGUCAAUUUGUAUUGUUUUCACUUUUCUUUUCAGAUGCUGAUGAUUCGAGAGAGUCAAGAGAAACCAUCUCUCGCUGGCAAGAAAAGUAGGCAUCAACUGUUAUUAGUUGGUAAAAAAUUGGUAAAAACAUGGAAGAUGACUGUUGCAGCUUUAAUUUGUUCAACUAGUGUUGAAAUCAUAUGUCAGCAGCCCAUAACCCACAGCUUGUAAUUUUCCAGAAGCCUUGACCAGUAAAUGAGUCUUAAAAACGUUAGUCAGCAAUAACUGGAGACCAGGAAAUACAAUGUAGUAUUUCUAGAUGUUCUGAUCUUAUUUUCUUUUUUCUUUUUUAUAUAUCAGACAAUAGGAGCACAGACAUGUGAAGCAAAAAGUAAAAAUAAACUGGUCUGAAAAAAAAACAAUGCAGUUGCAUAGGCUUCGGGUUAUGAUAUCCUUAGCAUGUUAAAUGUUGAAAAUAUUAUUAAUAGGCCAUUCAACAUGUUGAACUAGAAUAGAGAUGAUUGGCUUUCCCUUGUGAGGUUGCAGUGGCCAAGUGAUUAACACCAAGCAAGCAGUGCUAUUGAUCACAAAGAAAUACAUAAUUAAUUAUUACAAACACACUACCUGCAUUUAGCAAAAGCUAUUCAAGGCAGACAGUGUGGUGACUCUACAAUCUGAUAUAUGUUGUCCGAAACUUCAGGGCCCCUGUUGCUCAAAGCAGAAUUAGGCUGUGUCUGCAUUGCUGCGGAUAAAGUUUCAUAUCAAUUCACAGGAACUGAAAACCCCUCUGGUAGUUCGGUAGUCCGGUACAAGCAAAUUUUGAGAGCUGCUUGCUUAAAGGCCAAGAAAUUCAAGUUUUUUUAGCCCUAAAUACAUCUAGGUCAUUUAAACAGUCAAGUGAAAUUCUCCUGACUUAUACAAAAUGUAUAGAAAACACUGUUGAGAAAAUUUGCCUGUUAAUUUUAAGGCACAGAAGGGUUAAAUAGAUAUUCUUUUUUUUUGUUUUGUUUUAGAAAAAGAUAAAGGUUUUGCUGAUGAAGCCAUUGCUGGGCUUUCCAGUACAGAAGAUCUGGCGGCUGCGAGCACUGCCUUGAGAAAGACAGCUAAGGAUUCCUCUGGAGUGAGCAAAGAGAUUAAAGAUUUUGGAGGAUUCCUUCCAGUAAUGUUGUUGCAAAUUAAAGGUCGGUAUUCUAUGCAGGGUUCUUAGUAUUUUUUGUAGUAGAAUGGCGCCCAAGGUGCAGUAGGCAGGGAAAGGUGAGAGUUGGCUUUUCCAUUAAAGACGGAAUGUACUGUGCUUGGAGUACACUGGUGCUAGUAUGGCGGUUGUGGAUUCUAACCUCGAGUGUUAUGUGGCAAAUUUAAAGGGUUCUGGGAAAACGCUCUGGUUGACAUUUGAUUAACUGGUAGAUUCUCCUUGCAGAUUACCUUGUGUUUAGUUUUGAAAUAAUGAGAGAAUUUAGUAUUAGACCAAGAUUCACUAAGGGCCGUUCAUAUGUAUCUGCCCAUUUUUGAACAGCUACAUAGUAGCAAAUGCGUUCAUGUAGUUUCUUAGUGAUGUGGACAACUGCGUGUGUAAAACGUAAGAAGGAUGAACGAUAACCCACAUCACGACACAUGAGGAAACCAAAAAUGGUUUCUACAAACCACAAGACACGCUCAAAACAUGGCAAUGAAUGUGGAUUUUCCUGUUGUGGCUUUUAUCUGCUACUAAUCUAGAUUUAAGUCGACUUGAUUUCAUCAAGUGUACAGGGCGGUUGUGAAUAUUGUUGGUAAAAUCUGUUCUGAAGGUAAUAAUAAAUCAGAAUUUCCUUAGCCCGCGAAAGUAUCCGUUUCUCCUCGCUCUUCGCCGCUGGGGAGGAGAAACGGAUGCUUUCGCAGGCUAGAAUUUCCUUUGUCCGCUAUGAAUAAUUUGGGCUAGGAAACAACGGAAAUUCUGAAUUCUGAAUUUUAUUGUGAAAAACAAAACAAAACAACAACAACAUGAAGAACAAACAAACCAAAACAGUGGUGAAAGUUAUGCUUGCCCAAAUGUUUUGCAGUUCUUAACACCAGUUGAAUAAUGACUGUGUCUGGACAAAGAAUACUUAGCAAGUGAUUUUAGUAUAAUUUUCUUCCCACGGAGAAAAACAUUGGGUCUAGAAGAGACACUGUUUAACAAACGGACUGACUGUAUUUUUUUUCAUCUGCUUUAGGAUCAAGGCAUAUUCAGACGCGACUAGUUGAACCUUCAGCCAAAUCUCUUAAUUCUGGGGAUGUGUUUGUAUUGGUCACACCCAAGGAAAUUCAUCUGUGGAACGGAAAGGAUGCAAACAUUAUGAAGAAAGCUAAGGUUUGUUAAAUGCACUGACCUGUGUUUUCGUUUCUUGGGGGAUGUGGUGGGGCAUAUCUUGGUGGGGUGGUGUUAUGCCCCACCGUCGUGUCACAGGGGACCCAUACUGGUGGCGAUAAAUUUUAAUACUGUAGAAUAACGAACUGAGGAGUGUCUCCCCUUCCCUCCUCUAUGAUGCCUCUGUGACGGAUGCUAAUCUACACACCAGCAAAUCGUUUUAAAGAGAGCAUAGCAGGUGAAAGAAAGUGAGUAGGAGCCACGGGCUACCCAUGCCCGCUGAAGCUAUAAUCCAGUUUCUGUAGCAUGUCGUUCAUAAGCCCCUCCCCCAAUUAUACGCCCACCUACCUGUAGACAACAAAAUAUCCGUUUAUAAGCCCCCCCGCCAACUGUAUUAUAAUGAAUUUGAUUUCUUAUGGUGUUUUGAAGCUUAAUUAAAAACCAGUAAAUGCAAAACGUGUACAAAUUUUUGUGAAAUGUUUUGACAGAUUCCUUAUCCCUAAACUUUAAGUCUUCUGAACGGCUAGUUUUAGGAAUAGGAAAUCUGUUUGAGCAUUUCACAACAAUGUUUACUUUGUUUGAAUGCUAGUCUGCACGUCUCACUCUCCGUCUACUCCCGUGGUAAAUUGUCUCCUUGUAAGUCCAGGGCUUGUAAGCGGCAGUUCACGGUAGUGGUAAUCAUAAAGUUAGGGGUUUUGUUUAGGAUAUAUAUUGGAUGAUCUUUCUUUUUUUAAUCAGGGAACGGAAGUUUCUACCUUGGUCGUGAAGCAGAAGGAUUUAGGAUGCAAUGCUACCAAGGUUCACAUUAUCAAUCAGGAUAGAGAGAUUAGUGAUGCUGCAACUAAACUUUUCUGGAAGACGCUUGGAGGCAAAUCUGAAGUCUCGGGUAAUGUAGUUCAAUUUUUCAUAUUUGGUUAGACAUGUUGGUUAGACAAAACAUUUUUUAUCGCAGAAUUGGCACGAAUUGAGUUAAGUUUUUAGGCUUAAAAACUUGAUUUUGAAAAAAAAUUUCCUGCCAGCGCUUGUCGGAAGAAAAAAAUUGCAUGCAGCACAAAUUAAUAGAGAGCUUAUGGGAAAAAAAGGGAAAAAAAUAUCCUGCCCACCAUAUUGCUAGAAAAAAAAAUUCUUGAUGACCAGAAAUCACCCACCCCCACCCUCAAGAGUUAAAUGGUCGGCCCCUAAUGUUCUUUUUUUUUUUAUAACAGAUGCCAGUCUUUGGCCUUCAGAUGAAGAACACGAGAAAGGAGUUACCGCAACUAACUUAGUUUACAGAGUGGACUGCUCGUCUGAGCCCCCUGCACUUAAGCUACGUGAUGACGUAUCAGGCCGUGUUCUUAGUGAGAGUUUUAUGGAUAAUUCUCAGGUGCGUUUUAUUCGAUACAACUUGACCCCGUUCUCACGUAUUCGGAUAUUUUUGAAGGUGGAGAUUUUUUUCUCCGUUUUGGUUUUUUGCCUUCCGUCUACACAUAAACGGCGUUUUCGGGCACCAAAAACGCAGGUUUUCGAAAACGGUCUCCAGAGCGGCGUAUAGUUUUUGUGUGGAAUGGCCGAAAGCGGAGGUUUUUGAAUACGAUGAUGUCAUACAUCGUGACCGCAAAAGGGAGGAAAUGACAAAAAUAAGUGCUUCACUAGAAGUUUUUUUAACACUAACUUUAGUAACACUGUAUGGUUGUAUGGGCUUAUGCUUGGCUAUGCGAGUAUGUUGCAAGUCAAUUCAUUUUUAGAUUUUUCACUUUAUAGUGUUAAUAUUAAUAUUCAUGUAGCAAUGAUUGUGGGUACAAAAUAAGGUAGUACAUGUAGUGAUUCAAAGUUAUCCUCGGUUUAGAUUUUUAUAAAAGCUGAAUCACAACAUAUUAACUGAAGCUUGCUGUUUUAUUUUUCAUUUCUUCAAGGCAUACGUUGUUGACUUCGGUUCAGAAGUUUACCUCUGGCUCGGAAGAAAUUGCCACAGUCUAGCUCGAACAAAGGGCGUGGCCCUCGCCCAAGAACUCUUCAAGGGAAAAUUUAAGUAUAAAAGUGCGAUCAGCCCUCUGGACCCUAAGACUAAAUCAGAUGAUCCAGAAGAAAUGCUUGAAGUAACCAGACCAUCCUGGGCGUUGUUUGGGCGCAUGACAGCACGCUCUGAGACGGUGCUUUUCAGGGAAAAGUUCAUUGAUUGGCCCGAUCACAAUGUUGACUAUACGCAGGACUUUGUUAAACAGCCCAUAAGUGGAAGUUUUGCUAGUUUUUCUGAGGUAAGAAAACGUGUAGUGUAUGCUUAGUUCAACAAAGUGCCAAGAGAAGGAAAAUUUAAAAUUAUUUUAUACUCGUUAUAAAGAUCCGGGGAUUCUUUGGUGUGGGUUUUCACUAUAUUAACAUACAUUUACAGGAAUUAUACACCAGGGCAGGCACUCAGAAUGGUUUUUGGUUGGGGUGUGACACCCAGGCAUAAAAAACUGAACCCUGUUCUCUGGGAAUAGGCCAAUUGCUAAUCUUUACUGUGUUUGCUAAACGAGCUGUUGGCGUAUGUCUACAUGCAACCAUUAUAGCCAUACGCCAUGCGCCUUGCCAAAAAUGUUGCUCUAUAAUUCUGUUGUGCUUGAAUUUAUAUAUUGGCGGGUAAGCGUAAUAGUUAAAAGCAUAUCUUAUUGGCGUAUGUUAUUAACAAGUGGUGAAACCAUGGUAGUAAAGCAAUAAAGGUAGCCUGUAAAAUAUGUCUUUCAGCUUAACCUAUGUAAUUUCCUCUUUUUCUCUACUUGUAAGUGGUAAUGAACUUCAUAUUAUAUUAAUGCUAUUUUGUAACUGCCUGUAACGUUUUUCUAAUGUCUGUUAACUGUAAUUCUGCUAACGCUCUUCGUACUAACACACCCAGCCUUCAUCUGAUGAAAGUGGAAGCUUCCUAAGACCAGAGUCUAAAAAGAGAAAGGUAUAGUAAAGGCUGCAGCCAUUAUAGCAUGCUAAAGUAAAACCAAAGCCAACAGUUGAAGCCUGCAAGCAAACUCUGUUCGCAAGAUUCGCGUGAGUUGUAGGCAGGCCACUCGCUUUCGAAGUUGCUGGCGCGUGUCACUUCGCCUGAUGUUGUGCUCAAAUGGAGAACUUGCUCGCAGGCUGUAAAAACUCUGUCUCUCUUUCUUUUUUUUUUUUUUUCAUGCCCGUUGCUAUGCGCUUGGGGACAGCUGUAUUGACAACGUUUAGAAACGAGAAGUGAGCUGGAGCCGAAAUUCUUCCGGCAAUGGUUUCUGGGAUCGUGGCUGGGGACGCGCCGGUCAGCUAUUGGCCAAUUUUUUUCUUUGUUCCAGGAACAGUCCCAGAAGUCUGUGCGAAAGUUAACUUGACCCAGUUCCCUUCCGGUUUCUAAGGUGACAAAUGCCCUUGCUUAGAAUGGAUCGCUGGGUCGUCCCUUGUGAUUGGCAACAGUAAUUUGGUGUUACUAUGUUGGAGCUCUUCGAGAGCAGAUUGUGACAAGAAUGUGAUUUCUCUUUUAGCACUGCUUUGCCAGAGAAUAGAAGUCUUUGAAUAUAUUGAAAUAUCAGUUUACAUAGAAUCAGUAGUUGUAGCUGUUGAAUGAAAAAUAUCUCUUUUGCAGUACUUUCACAUGGUACUAUUUUUGGGUCUUUUGAUGAAAUCCUACGGUGUUACUACUUCAAUACUUAGUACCCAACGCCGUUGUGAAUUAAAGGGUUUACCUUCGCUGUCGGGAAAAUCAACAUGCUGAAUUAGUGUUUUAUUCCCAAACAAGGUUUCUGCUAGUCAACACUCCGGUUUCGUAACGCAACUUCUCUGUAGCCUUUCUUUUUAUGGUUUACAUGGAGACGUUUUAGUGUUGGCCUUUUUAGUUUUUUUUCCCACGAACAAUUUUGUCUAAUUCUUCUGUAUUUUUUGUCAGUAGAUUCAACAUUUUGACGCCUUUUAUUUUCUUGACAACUUACAGAAACGACCAAACAGCAUAUUUGAAAUGCAGCCCUGUGAUCCUCAAAACUUAAUCGACCCUCCUUCGGAACCAAGUCAAAUUCUUGAAGGUUUGUAUGAAAAAUCCUCUUUAUUUGAAUGUCAGUGUAUUUUGCACGAAAGUACUAAUUGGGAACAUUAGGGCCAUUUAUACGAGGAAAAAUAAGACGCGUCUUACAUAGGACGCGUCUUAAAUAAGACGCGAACUUUCCGUAUAAACGGCACAUUUCGUCUAAAAUAAGACGCGAAUUAGCUAAGACCUUAGAUAAGACGCGUCUUAGCUAAGACGAGAAAAACUUCGUAUAAAUGACCUUCGCGUCUUACAUAAGCCGCGAACGCAUGGUACGCAUGCGUUAAUUUUUGGCGGGAAAAUUUUUGCCCCGGUUCCUUCGCCCCUUAUUUUCGAGUCAUUUAGCGCGCUCCAAAUAUAAUAUUCCUGGUUCUGUAAACCGUAAACCAAACAAGCGCGCUUGAAAUGUAAGUUUCCUCGUUCUAUGAGCAAAAAACCAAAACAAGCACGCUUCACUUAUAUCACUGAUUAUUUCUCGUUCUCAAAUAGGGGACUAAGCAACCGUGGCGAAAUGACUUGGGGGUGAACCCACGACCUCCUCCUCUGCUAAUCCUGACACAGUAAAAGGUGGUCAAUCCUUUAUUUUGAUCUGUGCAUCGCUUUUUGAGCACCAUUUUGUGUACCUUUUAUCUGCAGGCUUUGACGUGGGACGUGGAACUGGAAGUUUUGACGAGGAAGGAAGGCAUUUCAUUGUUUCAUCGAUUUCAACUAAAAUCUGGCAUGUCAAGGAAUACACCUAUCAGUUAUUGCCAGAGGAAGAGUACGGCCAUUUCUUUUCUUCGGAAGGUUCGUUGUUGCUUUUGUCAAAAUAUGUCAAGCGCAGUACUAACGUAACUAUUGUUUGUGUUGAACUGAAUGGUGGCCGCAAAAGUGGUAUUUGAAAGCUUAAGCAACCACAAAACAACGACAACGUCAAAAAACAGUAAGUUUUAUGAACAAAACAACAGCUCUGCACGUGCAUCACGCUUUUCAGAACUUUUCUUUGACGUCCACUGCACGACUACGACGUGAAACCUCUUAAUUCGACGUUUAAUGGAGGACGUAAACAUACGAUGAAUUUUUCAGGCUCUUUUUGAAACUGGAUUCGGUCCUGCUCCUUAAGAAUUCAUCUCCAGGAGAAAUCGCCUACUUUUGACAAAUAAUUUAAAAUAAACUGGACCAAAUAGACGCGAUAAAGUUUGAAAGGACGCAAAUUCAUUUCUAACGAAGUUUUCACUGCAGUCGUCGUCGUCUUUGCUUAAGCUCCCUAAUGAUGAUGAUGAUGACAAUGAUGAUGAUGAUGAUCAUAAUGAUGAUGAUGAUGAUAAUGAUUUGGCUCCCUGACGAUCUCACAAGUCGUACUGGAAGCUUGCAGCCAUUGUCCCUUUAGUUAUUUGAGUUUCGAAUUUGCGAGGCACUGAAUUGUACCUUUCUAAAUUUUCAGGCUAUGUUGUGAGGUGGAAGUAUUGUGUGAAACUCACAGGCGUUAAAACGCUCAAGGGAAAACAGUCCAAGUACGAAGAUGUCGGCCGCGAUAAAGUGGCUUACUUCUUUUGGCAAGGCAAGGACAGUACACUUAAUGAAAAAGGAACUGCCGCGCUCAUGACCGUGGAGCUGGACUCGGACAAAGGACCACAGGUAGGAUACUAACCAGUCAAACGGCAGAUACUGGCGAAAGCUAAGCAAAGUACACCCUGCUAGCAGAUCCUUUUUUUCGCUUGCUCGAAUUUGGCGUAUUCGAAAAAGACUCUGCUUGAAUUGAGUAAAAUCUUUGUUGAGCAUGCGCUGCUUGUUGCUAGGAUACAAUUUUGAACCCAGAGCCUAAUAGCUGUGCGUUUGGUACAGCGGACUCAAUUAUGACCAUUGGUUAUCAAUACACGGAUGCUUGUACUCGAAAGACCAGUUUGACGAGAGAAAACAAAAUUGUCUUCGGUCGUGAAUUUCGUACUGUAGAUAGACAGUUAGAUAUUUUACUUAGUCAUAGUGGUUUUUUCAGUUAAAGCGCUGGUUUACAUUAAAGCCGUUUUUUAAAAUUUAUAUAUCCAGCAGAGUUUCUAGUUAUUCUAAUUGUGAAAAAGAAAAAAAUUUAUAUACACACGCUUAAUGUAAAACUAGGUAUUAUUGUGAGGAAUCAAAGAAGCUGGAAAGCAGGCGGCCCAGUUCAGAUUUAAAUAAGUUCAUUGACUUUUCAUUCACGCAAAUCUUCGAGUAAUUUAUUCGAAAUAAAUGCGCCCCUAUAGCCAAAAUGUUUUUUUCUUGUUGUGGCCAUAAUUGGUUUUGGAAAGAGGCCACUGAAAUCUAGAAGAGGAGCCCUUGUAUCAAGGGUUGACCUCAUUUUUUAAAAAAUUUGGCAUAGGUAUUCAUGAGCCAUAUUAUCGUACACCUCGAACGUUUCUAUAGCGAGGAGCUUAACUCUGUGUAUGGAAACGUCAAAGGCUUGACGGGAUUCAGGCAGUCUUGUCUUCCUCAGUUUCUGUGUUUUUUUUCUCUUUGGCUUGCGUUGCUAUAUCAAUGAUUGACUGAAAAUCUCCCUCCAAAAUUUAACCAUAAUAAUGUUUGUUGUUCUUCUUGAAGGUUUUGGUUGCCCAAGGCAAGGAGCCGCCAUGUUUUACAAGAUUAUUUGAAGGAAAGAUGGUUGUUCAUUCAGGGAGGUAAGUUCUUUACGAUCGACCGAAAUAAUAAUUAUUAUUGAUUUGAACAAGUGUGGAAAGUGCCUUGUUGCAGGAUGUUAAGAACGUUUUUUUUUCAUUUUACUUCACAGGAGAGACUGUGAAGAUGAAACAGGUAUGGAUACUGGGUUACGGUUUGAUGAUCGUUAAACGAAAGUUAGGUCGUUUAUUAUUUACAAAAAGUUUCCGGAAAAUUCGGUUGGACAGUAAAUUGAACACUACUUUUUGGGUCGUUCCAUCCGAAAAUUUCCCGCAGGAACAAAACAUCUGAAGAGGUAGUCCUGUUUAAAACGGAAAUUCGUGUUCCCUCUCUUGAAUAUAAUCUUUCGUACCAGUUUCAGGGCUUCGCGUUCGUUUUUCGGUAAAUGGAACUGAAUUGUACAAAUGGUAAAAGCGAUUCCGGGACGAAAUUUAGUCGUGAAUUUUGUCUACCAUUAGCCCAAACCAUGAACUGACCUGUUUGCAAUGCAAAUGGUAAACUACCCUUGUUUUUGCGACUCUACAGCUAGCAUGCGACUCCUCUGACAGUUCAAGCACGAGAACUUUGCAAUUCGCUUCAGCCAGCUGAUUUAAGCUAAAGACAAGACCGACUACUAGUACUAAGAGCGGGCGAAUACGUAAACCAGCAAAGCGCAUUUCGCAAUAAGACGUAAAUGUUAACAACAACGAGAAUAACGUGGCGAAUAUUAAUCUUCCUCUAUUUACGUCUGUACAAAAUAAUAUUUAAGAAGAAUCAUUACUUACCACUUUUCUGUCACUCUACCAGGAGAUGGAGCAUUAUUUAUUGUAAGAAAUGAAGAACCAGAAGAAGCUUAUUUAUUAGAGAUCCCAGCGAGGUGAAGUAGAUGCUUGUUUCGUUAUUUUGUCGCUCUUGCAUUUUUUUCUUUCAAACGCAUGUGCUUAUUUUUUGACGCACGUGCAAAGUUUUUCAUGCGCACGUGCCGUAGUGUUGGUUUUCAUGCACGCUGUUUUUAACGCACGUGCCAAGUGCCAGAUUGUUGCUUUAAACGGGAUCUGCAGAUAGUUGGAAAUUUGUUUUAAACAUUAUUUUGUUUAGAAUGCCGUAUUUACACCAACAUGUUAUCCUUGACUAGGUUUCCUCGCUAAUGUAAACGGAGAAUAAAGCAAAAAAUUCUUGGAAAACAAACGUCUCUCUUCGAGCCGUUUUAAGUGCUUAAAGCGCAUUCUUUUGUUUGUUUGUUUUUUGGGGGGAGGGGAGGGAAGGGGGUGGCCAUGGUUACUACUAGGACGUAAGAAGUCUUUCUUGAUGUUUUAUACUUAUUCUUUAUUUUUUUAAAUACCAUUUAUUUCACUUAGACCUAUCUUUUAUUAAUUUUUUCUUUUCCAGUUCGUCUUGCUUGAGAUCAAGAACAUCAUUCGUGGUAGCAGAUAAAAAGAAAGCUAUACUUUAUGUCUGGCACGGCUGUCAAUCUCAUUCCACUGUGAAAACACUGGCGGUUAAUGCCACAAAAAGACUUAAAAGAUGGUAAGAUACUUAAUUUGUCAUCACUUGCUUCCAAGGAAACAAGUGCAACUGAUCCCAGAUCUGUCAAGCCUGAAUUUUUAGGGGUCUUUUUCAACCGCUUAGGUUGUUCAUUCAACUGCGAUGAUCAUGUUCACUUUUAUAUCUUUAUCCGCAGUUCAAAAUAUGAAUCAUUUCAUUUAUUUCAAUUCACAGGAGUUGAUCUCGAAAAACCUGUGGCCCAUAGUUUUUGCAGUCCGUUUCCAUGAUCCUGGCCAUCGAGAAACAAUGAUAAACCUACAAAUUGACAAAAAUGUCGAAGUACAAAAAGGUUUAAGCAGUGAGCUAAAUAAUUUCUUAACUUUUGGCUAUAACAUUGAAAUAACUAACUGAAAUUUCGAAGUAUAAGGUCUUUUAGUACUGACAAUUUGCUACGUUAUUUUCAGAAAAUGUCUAAUUAGUUAAGAAAAUUCAAAAUUAUAAUUCCUGUAUCGUCAAGAAAUGACAUGAUUUGUAGCAGGACCGACUUGGCUCUCUUUUUUUUAUCAAAAAUUUGAUUGACAUUUUACAGUAACCGAAAUCGCUGUAACAAUGCCAAAAGACAAAGUACUAGAAAGUCACCAGUUUACUUCAGAACUAGAGUUCUCUUAACGGGCACUCUCGUAAGCGAACAGUUCUACUUACGGCUGCCUUCACAAGACCCCGUUUUACUCAACUCCCAUACAAACUCUGUAUUUCUUCAUUCUCGUAAGGGGCCAGCUGCACUUACGGACACCUUUCUCGCGUCCCGAGGGUCGUCCCGAGGGUGUCCACCUACAAGAGCUUCCACUAUAUUGUUUUAAUAUCCUUUUGUCUUUCCACAGGUUUAGUAAGCAGUACUCAAAAGAUUACAAAGCCAAGGAAGUUUCUGAAGGGGGAGAAACCAAAGACUUUUGGAAUGUUCUUGGAGGAAAGGCGAACUUUAUGUCACUUAGUGAAGGUGAGUGUUGCGAUGCCUUACAAAAGGUCAUUCCCCCGUCGUGCAUUAGCUGCUGCGUGGGAAAUGACGAAACGCGCGACAGUUUUUUUAGUGUUAUAUUCUGUGAGUGUUCGCGUGUCUUGUUACUUCCAUGGCGGAGGUGGCUUUAUUUUUAGUCUCUCAGGUCGUCUUGACGAGCAAAAGGAACGUAGCGAGCGAAGGAGGGCUAAAGAGGUUGUAACAUUGGGCAUACGGAUGCAUUCUUACAUAGCAAACUUUUCAACUGGAAAAAAACUGGGCGUUUCGUUUCCCUCUCUCUCCAAAGUUCAAGAUGGCGGCACAGAUAUUGCCCGUGAAUAGCCUGAGAUUGAGAAAUCCUUGUAAAAAUUCGAAAAGGGACCACGCUUUUCCACCGGAAAAGUUUCCAACGGGAAAGAAGACUUUCUUUUCAAAGCCUUCCACUUAUUCCUGGGAGUUUUCCAGCGAACCUCCCGAAAAGUUUUUGCUUCAUGGUAAACGAAUUUCUUGGUAAAUGAAUAUCGCCCACUGAUCCUUUCUGUCCUUUUUUACUAGUUUUGAGUUGGUGUGCGAAUACGAUUCCGCCUUUUUUGUUUGUGAACUGGACGUAAUCCUACAGUUGACUUUCCUGAAUAGAUUACUGUUUGCUAUGCUUAACGGCUAACAGAGUAGGAAUUUACAAGCGAGCGUCUUCUGUCCCUCUGAGAAUUAGGCCAGUCAUAUUGCUUGUAUCGGACAAUGUUGUGAAUAUACGGUACAAACGGUAUUUUUAUGGUACAAAGUACCGGUACCAAGUUAUUUGUACUUAAUUGUUUAUCAUUCGGUUUUUUUGUCUUCUUAGAUUCUAAAAAACUUGAUUACACGUUGCGCGUUUUCCACCUGAAGAGCACCAGUGGGUCCUUUGAAGCAACGGAGGUGCUAAACCCCGCGAGAUCUGAGCAUAUCACGCCUUAUCCAAUUCUUCAGUCUCAGCUAUAUUCAGCAGAUCAACCAGGUAAGCUGGAACUUCUCCGGCUGGGAAUG